CCAAAGCCCAGUUGCUUGCUGUCUGAAGCGGCAGCGAGCGGAGUGGGGAGUGAGGCUUCCGUCUCUGGGCUGCGGAAACUACCCUGCGAAAGCCAGCGAGAGUGGCAGUGAUUGAGGAAAGGAGGACCGCUUUACUCGGAGUCUCGGCUCGGUUAGAUAUCCAUUACAUAGCAUCUUCCCCUGAUUGAAGGAAAAGGCCUGCGGAGAUGGGCGACAAGGCGGGGACCAGAGUCUUCAAGAAGUCCAGCCCAAACUGCAAGCUCACAGUAUACUUGGGGAAGAGGGACUUUGUGGAUCAUCUAGAUCACGUGGACCCUGUAGAUGGGGUGCUCUUGAUUGACCCAGAAUACCUUAAAGACAGAAAAGUGUUCGUGACCCUGACGUGUGCCUUCCGUUAUGGCCGUGAAGAUCUGGACGUGCUGGGCCUGUCUUUCCGAAAGGAUCUCUUCAUUUCCAGCUUCCAAGCAUAUCCCCCUCUGCCCGAGGAGCGCAAGCCGCUCAGUCGCCUACAGGAGAGACUGCUCAAGAAGCUGGGCCAGAACGCAUACCCCUUCAACUUCACGAUUCCUCAGAACCUUCCCUGCUCAGUGACUCUACAGCCCGGCCCAGAGGACACAGGAAAGGCAUGUGGUGUUGACUUUGAGGUCAGGGCAUUCUGUGCUAAAACUGUGGAUGAGAAGACUCACAAACGGAACUCGGUGCGGUUGGUCAUUCGUAAGGUGCAGUAUGCUCCAGAGAAGCCUGGUCCACAGCCAAUGGUGGAGACCACACGCAGCUUCCUUAUGUCUGACCGCUCCCUUCACCUCGAGGCCUCGCUAGAUAAAGAGCUGUACUACCAUGGUGAACCUAUCAGUGUCAACGUCCAUGUCACCAACAACUCCACCAAAACAGUUAAACGAGUUAAAAUCUCUGUGCGACAGUAUGCCGAUAUCUGUUUGUUCAGCACCGCACAGUACAAAUGUCCCGUGGCUCAGGUAGAAGCCGAUGACCAGGUGUCACCCAGCUCCACGUUCUGUAAGGUGUACACACUCACUCCCACACUGAGCAAUAACCGUGAGAAGAGGGGUCUGGCUCUGGAUGGACAGUUAAAACAUGAAGACACCAACUUGGCCUCCAGCACCAUAGUGAAGGAUGUGUCCAAUAAGGAGGUCCUGGGAAUCUUGGUGUCCUACAGAGUUAAAGUGAAGCUUGUGGUGUCUCGUGGAGGUGAUGUGUCAGUGGAGCUGCCUUUUGUCUUGAUGCACCCGAAGCCCUCCGAACAGCCCAACUCUAGACCGCAGUCAGCUGUGCCAGAGACAGAUGUCCCUGUGGAUGCCAACCUCAUAGAGUUUGAAACAAAUAAUUUCUCACAGGAUGACGACUUUGUGUUUGAGGACUUUGCAAGGCUCAGGCUGAAGGGAAUGAAAGAUGAAGAGGACGAUCACUUCUGCUAACGGCCCCUUCACACACACACACACACACAUGACACCGUGUGGAGGUUGUAACCGGGCGACAGGGGUGGGGUGUCAACCUGCCAGUACUCUCAUACCUCUGCUCCACUGGGUCCAUCUGAUAGAGUGGAGCACUUACUGAUAUUUUCAGAGCCUCCUUUCUUUCUUUCACUCUUUCUUUGUCUUUUGGCUCCCUUUCACACCAUUUUAGCAUCUGUGAGGUGGUCUUUUAAUUGACCUCCUGUUUCUCUGGUCAUAUGAAGCACUUCACUACGAUGCUUAGUUGUUGGAUAAAAAGAUUGAGGGAGAAGGAAACGGAGGGAGAAACUGAUCGGUCAUCUAAACAUCAAUGUAUUGUUGGUGGGCAAAGGGUCCAUUGAUUCAGGGGUGAAUAUUAAUUCGUUCUUUCUUUACCUUUUUAAUUUCGUUUCCUUUAUUUCUUGUCGUCAUAUUCCCACUUAUAUAUCAAGUGGGCAUUAAUAGCUAUGUAAUUAUAGUAUAUGUUCUAUGUUAUUUCAUUGUACAGUACAUACACUGUUCGCAAACACCAUAGGGAACUUGAGUUUGGUGUUAAUUUUAUUCCACUUUCCUAGACCCAUAAUCCGAUCCAUCCAUACUUGCUUAGCAGCUUUUAUGUUAUAGUUAUGUAAAAUGUAUACAUAUCAUACGAAAAUAUGUAGUAACACUUUUCUGUGCACUUGUUGUGCGCGCAAUACUCAAAUAAUUAAGGAUGUGGCAUUUUUUAGUGGAAAAGUAGUUGGCAAUACGCGUCGGGACACAAGCAUCUGGUUUCUUAUUGUAAAUUUUAGCAUUUAUUCCACAUGUUGAGUUAUAGAAUAUGUAAACACUGCUACAAGUCUUCAGUGCGAAAUUAGCUUGUAGAUAAAACAAGAGGACAGAGACAAGCUCUGUAUGUGCCACCUACACACACUCACACACAACGUAAUUCCUCAUUAUUUGUGCCUGCCAAACUUUAUUUGCCAAAAUGUGAUGAUUUAUAAUGUUGCUUGUAAGUUAAGCUCAGUUCGGUUGAAAUUCUCAUGCUCAUUCCAUGUUUUAGUUCACAGAAACUGUUGAUGUAACCAUUGGACUGCCAGAAAUAUUUUGAUGAUGGUUAUUUUAAAACGCAUUUAUAGCAUGAUUUCCAGGAAAUUUGACUUUUUAUCUUGUUCUCCCAGGAUCAGCCCUUUCCUAUGAUAUUCUGCAUAGUUUACUACUGAACAAUGGCAAAUUUACUUAUGUUACAAUGUGUACAAGGAAGUAACAUUUUGCAGUGAACAAAGUGGAGCUCCCAUUGAAGGACAAAAAGCUAUCUCUAAAAUAAAGGAUUGCUUUGUUUAAAGCACCCAUACAACCAUGCCAAUGUGCAUACUUGGUUAGAUUUCAACUUUCAUGUGCCCUUGAGUUGAAGAUGAGGUCAUGUCUGUCUUGUUUUGUCCUUUUCUGAUGUAUAAUUGCUGUAAUAUUGUUUUAUGUAAACUUUGGAGUCAUCAGUGCAGGUUCAUAAAAACCCAGCUGUGCAGGUAACUGUUCUGCUACGCACUAUCCUAUAAAUUCUAGUACUUCAUAAGACAAGAAUGUAACUGAUCAAGGUCAGUCAUGAUGUAUUUCCUAAUAUUAUAAUACAGAACUGUGACAGGAUGUUAUUUUAAAUUCAAAUGUAAUUGUUUAUGAAAAUGAACCUGAUCAAUCGAUCCAGAAAUCUUCAGCUAAGCUUUAUACCAAAACAGUCUUGCGAUUUAUACCGUCAUGAGUCAGACUGGCCAGUGAAAGUCAGAGGAGGAUGUGGAGUUGGUGAUUUUGAAUUUUGAACUACUUUCCUCCCCAAACCAACAGCUGAUUGAUUCAUUCAGUUUGGCAGUGUCUACAAUCCAGGAAGUGAUCUGUGUAAUGUACACAAGUGUCGAUUUUUACUCAUUUGUGAUAGUCAAGCCACCAGAUUUUUACAGAUGACACCACUCUGUUCACUGACAUAUGUCUAAACCCAUAAUGCUGUAAUGCUCUGAUUUAGUAUUAAUUAUAAUCUUUAUGAUUUUGCAAAGAAUAUUGUUUAUAAAAAUCUGUGAUUAAGCACA